AUGUGGUUCAGUAGGUCUAUACUCUUGCCAGCCUCGGUGAUGCUAUCACAACUGGUUGCGUCACAAGCGGUCAGCUCUGGCAGCUCAAAUGUGACAGCAAUGAUACAGCUACUGGAGUCGUCGGUCCCUGAAUGUGCAUUCAAUUGCUUCGUAUCCGUCGUGCCUCAAUCAACAUGUGAUCUUACGGAUACGGCGUGCAUUUGCAGCAACCAGGACCUGGCGACCUCACUUGCAGUCUGCAUGGCACAAGCAGGAUGUACCGUCAUUGAACAAUUGCAAACGCAAAGGUUCGAAAAGGAAAUGUGCGGCGCCGAAGUCCGUAGUCAACGCACCUAUAUACUAGCAACUACCUGGACUUUGUACGCGAUUGCGCUCUUAUUCGUUGUGAUGCGCCUGGUCGCGCGCGCACCAUACCUGUCGAAAAAGUCGUGGGACGAUUGGACCAUAAUUGCUUGUCUGCUAGCCCUCACUCCCGCUCAUGUCAUUGCCUAUCUAAUGGUGGAAUCCGGCCUGGGCCGAGAUAUCUGGAUGCUAUCGGCCAGCCAAAUCACGAACACAUUGCUCUACUUUUUCGUCGAAGAGUAUCUAUACACCUUUCUCGUCGUCUUUACCAAGAUUUCGAUCCUGUGUCUCUACAUCCGCGUCUUCGCUGUCUACCGCUUCCGCCUACUCUGUUACAUACUCAUUGGUUUCACAUUGGCUUUUGGCAUCAGCUGUUGGGUUUCGACUGGGUUCAACUGCGUGCCAAUUACCUUCAUGUGGCAAGGCUGGGACGGACAACACAGUGGCACAUGUAUGGAUACUAGCAAACAAGCUUUUGCUUUGGCUGGGGUCAACAUGGGUCUGGAUAUUCUCGUCUUCCUGCUCCCAAUUCCACAACUGUGGGCAUUGCAAAUGAGCCUUAAGCGAAAGCUCGGGGUUAUACUCAUGUUCACUGUGGGCUUGUUUGUCACCAUUUGUUCUAUAAUCCGACUACAAACAAUUAUGGAAUUUGGAAACAGUGCAGACCCGACGUACGAUUAUUCAGCCCUGGCAGUAUGGUCCUUGGUCGAAAUCGACGUUGGCGUCAUCUGCGCUUCAUUACCAGGCGUGGCUGCGCUUCUCCGCAGGGUCUUCCCUCGCCUCUUCACCACAAGGGGAAGCAGUGACCCCUCGGCGCAAAAAGAGAGCACGGGAAACAGCGGAGGGUCAGACUUCCGCAAGCAAGGAUUCGCACGCAUGCACGAACGCAGAAACAACAUUUCAAAGACCGUCAGCAUCACUGUUGACAGCAAAAGCGACGAGUUCGAGCUGGUGGAUCGAUACAGCCGAGGCACAUCCUCUCCAGAUUUGGAGUCGGCCUACAGCGUGCAACCUCUGCGGACUGGUUACAAAGCAUAA